UUUACACUAACAUUCAUCAAAAAAAUAACUCACCAGAAAAGAAAAUGGUUUCACGCACCAGCACCAAAAAUGAACUUCCUCUGUAGCAACUCUCUUUAGAAAAUUUUCUUCACCAAAAAUCGAUUCAUGCAAUUUUCGUCUCAGAAAUUAUCAAAAAAUUGUCAAAGUUGAAAUUGUUAUUCAAACUCAUCGAUUCAGAUUCAAACUCAUGAAAUACCAGUAGUAACUGUUCAACAAUUUACGAUUUUGUUAUUCAAACUCAUCGAUUCAGAUUCAGAUUCAGUGAUUUACGAUUUUGUUAUUCAAACUCAUCGAUUCAGAUCCAGAUUCAAGAAAGGAUAAUGAAAAAGCAAAAAACAAAUAUGGAGUUUCUCAUCUUCAAGCUCAGUGCUUAUCUGAAGCUUGGACGUACACAAGGCUGGUUCUUGAGUUCUUUGUUUCAAUCUUCUCGUUUAUUGCAUUGAAUUGAAUGGAUAAGAGUUGGAUAUCCUACAACCCUAACAACUCUCUUAAUAAAGAGAAGUACAUUAGAGGAGUUACUAAUUUUCUUGAUUUUGCAUUUGCAAAAUCAAAUGAUGGAAAAAUUUUAUGUCCUUGCACCAAUUGUGUCAAUUGCAAGUGGCGCUCUCGAGUGGAUAUUUAUGAGCAUCUAAUCCAUUUUGGGUUUCUAAAAGGUUAUGUUACUUGGGUCUUUCAUGGUGAACAAGUUAGCUCGUCUAGUUCUCAAAGUGUAUCUCAAGUAGAAGGAGAGUUUGGCCAUGACAUAGAUACAUUGAUUUAUGAUGCCUUUGGAAUACAUCCAACUAAUGAGAGUGAUGGUGCAAAUUUAAAUGUGGAGGACGAGAAUCCCAAAGCAUUCUUAGAUGAACCCAAUACUCAACAAUUUGAAGAUGAUAGUAAUUUGGAUAAGUUCUAUCUGUUGUUAAAUGAGGCAGAGCAAAAUCUUUAUCCUGGUUGUAAGAAGUUCAUAAAACUAUCAUUUAUUGUCCAUUUGUAUCACUUAAAGUGUCUAAACGGGUGGACUGACAAAAGUUUUUCCAUGUUGUUAGAGCUUUAAGGGGAGCAUUACCAGAAGAAAAUACAUUGCCGAAAUCUUUUUAUGAUACAAAAAAGAUUAUUUGUGGAUUAGGUCUCUCAUAUGAAAAAAUUCAUGCUUGUCCCAAUGAUUGCAUAUUAUAUUGGAGAGAUUCUUCUAAUGCUCAAAUUUGCUCAAAAUGUGGCAUGUCACGAUGGAAACUAAACUCUAAUGACAAUGAAGGUAGAAAAAAAAUCCCUGCAAAGGUUCUUCGUUGGUUUCCUCUUAAACCUAGACUACAAAGACUCUUUCUAUCAUCAAAAAUAGCUUCUUCUAUGACAUGGCACAAAGAUGGUAGAACAAAAGAUGGGCUCAUGAGACAUCCAGCUGAUUCUUUCGCUUGGAAAUAUUUUGAUAGUCAACAUCCUGAUUUUUCGUGCGACCCUCGUAAUGUUCGACUAGGUUUAGCUUCUGAUGGUUUUAACCCUUUCAAAACUAUGUCAAUUUCUCAUAGCACUUGGCCUAUUGUUUUGAUUCCUUAUAAUCUUCCUCCAUGGAUGUGUAUGAAGCAACCUAAUUUUAUACUUUCAUUGCUUAUUCCUGGUCCAAAAGGUCCAGGAAAUAAACUUGAUAUCUAUAUGCAACCUCUUGUGGAAGAACUAAAAGAAUUAUGGGAAAAUUGGGGUGAAAACAUUUGAUGCAUGCAAAAAGGAGUCAUUCCAAAUGCGUGCUGCUAUCAUAUGGACUAUCAACGAUUUCCCAGCAUUUGCAAAUUUGUCAGGCUGAAGCGCUAAAGGUCGAUAUGAUUGUCCAUGUUGUGGAUUAAAAACUGCGUCUCAUUGGUUGCGUUAUAGUCGGAAGUUUUGCUACAUGUGUCAUCGUCGUUGGUUAGAGCCUACUAGUAAGUGGAGAUACAAUAGAGGAAAAUUUGAUGGAACCCAAGAGUUUAGAGCACCGCCGGAGCUACCUAAUGGUGCAAGUGUCUUGAGACAAUUGGAAGAUCAUGGAAUAGGUAAUGGGUCACCAUGGAAAAAGAAAAGCAUUUUGUUCACAUUACCUUAUUGGCAACAUAAUGUUCUUCGUCAUAAUCUUGAUGUAAUGCACAUUGAAAAAAAUGUUUGUGAUAACAUUAUUGGAACAUUGUUGCAUUUAGACGGAAAAUCAAAGGAUAACGAUAAGGCACGUUAUGACCUUGUAGACAUGAACAUUAGAAGUCAACUACAUCCAACGAUGCAUCCAAGUAAAGGUAAAAAAUAUUUGCCUAGAGCUUGUUACCAAAUGACAUCGAAUGAGAAAGAAAUAUUUUUGGAAGUUCUCAAAAACUUAAAAACCUCAGAUGAAUAUUUUUCUAAUAUAUCUAGAUGUGUGCAAGUGAAGCAACACAAGAUAUUUGGUCUCAAAAGCUAUGAUUGUCACCUUUUAAUGCAAAAGUUUCUUCCUAUAGCUAUACAAGGUUGUUUGCCUGACAAAGUGAGUUUAGCUAUAUGCGAUCUUUGUCAUUUCUUCAAAGAAUUGUGUGGCAAGGUUCUUAAUGAGCAUAAUUUGGAGCACUUGGAGAAUCGAAUUUCCAAAACAUUGUGCCAGUUAGAAAAGAUUUUCCCUCCAUCUUUUUUCACUAUAAUGGUACAUUUGUUAAUUCAUUUGGCAUAUGAGGCAAAAGUUGCAGGUCCUGUUCAUUAUCGAUGGAUGUAUCCAAUUGAAAGGUUCCUUUUUACUCUAAAGUCAUUUGUUCAUAAUCGAGCACAUCCAGAGGGAUCUAUUGCAGAGGGUUAUUUAGCUCAUUAAUGCUUGAUAUUUUGUUCCCGAUAUCUCUCUUCGGUGGAAACUUAUUUUAAUCAACCUAGUCGAAAUGAUGAUUCGAAUUUUGUGGAAAAUACAAAUCUUUUAAAUCCUAGAGGGAGACCAUUGGGGAGAAAGUGUAAAGUUGGAUUCAAUGUGAAGAAAAGAAAAAGGGCUUCUCGGAUCUCCCUUGACAAGAAAACAUUGUUGCAAGCACAUAGAUAUGUGCUUUUUAAUAGCCAUAAUGUCGACCCCUUCCAAAAAGAACACAUUGAUCUUAUUAGGAGACAAAAUCGUCGAAUAUCUUCUUAUGAAGUUGACAAAAUUCAUGGUUGAUCAUUUUCUGAUUGGUUCCGUGAACGAGUUUCACGGUUGGAAGAGCAAGGUAGUGCUCUAGUGACAGAUGAUAUCAAAUGGCUUGCACGUGGUCCACUAGAAAUAGUGAGAAAAUAUAGUGGUUAUAUUAUUAAUGGAGUUAGAUUCCAUACAAAGAAGCGCGAAAGAGGCUUAAAGACUCAAAAUAGUGGCAUCGUAGUUACUGUUAAGACAAAAAGUUAUGCUAGUUCAA